AUAUUAUACCAUGCACUUUUCUGAAGAAGAACUUGUUGCCUUGAAAGACUUUCUUUGUAAACUGGUAGCUACAGAAUCUGAUGCAGAUCCUACGGUGUUAGCUGACUUUAUGAUCGCUUUAUUACAAUCCGAUGCUUCUCGAGACGUACUUUAUAAACGAUGUGUUGAAGAACUUUCUGUGUUUCUAGAAGAAAAAACGGAUGCUAUUGUUGAACGUGUCUUUAAAGCUAUCGAUAAUGGUACAUAUAUGCCCAAAGAUACUCAACCAGAGACAACGCCAGCUAUAGUUGAAACAAAGUCAACCGCCACCCCAACAACUGAGAACUCCAGCAAAUCAAAACUACAUUAUGGUGAAGAUGACGAAGAAGAUGACGAGGACGACGAUACAAAUUUCAAGCGACGUAGUAACAAAGCCAAUACAUCCGAAACUGUUAUCACCUCUUCUACUAGUACUACUACUACUACUGCACAGAAACGUUCUUUCUCAACGGACAAUGAUACUGAUACAGGCCGUCUCAAUAAACUUCAACGUCAACAUCCAUCUACUGGUCCUGGUUCUUCUCUUACUGAACAAAAUGGUGGAACAUACCCUGGAACUUCACAAAGACCACCUAUUCGCAAAUCUCGCAAAAGGUGCUUUGACUACGAUGAAAAAGGUUAUUGUAUGCGUGGAGAUUUUUGUCCUUAUCAACAUGGGGAAGAUCAUUUGGUGGUAGAAGCUGCUGAAGGUACGACUAUGGAAUCUUUAAGCAACAACAGCAGUAAUUUGCAAGGACGUAUUGGAGGUGGACCAAUGCGAAUCAAAGGACGUGGUAUGAAUAGAAAUGCAGGUGGACCAGGUGGACGUGGUGGUAGCACAAAUAAUAUCAAACGAUCAGAAGAAGUCCCUUAUACUAGUCGAUAUACACCGUACAGCACUCGAAUUGUAGUUGAAAAUAUCCCUCCAGAACAUUGUAAUAUUGACGCAGUGACGACAUUCUUUGGUAAAUUUGGCAAACUAGUGAAUCUAUCAGUUCAAGCAGAUGCAUCACGAGCGUUUUUACAAUAUGCGACACAUCAAGAAGCUAUGGCAGCAUAUCAAUCUCCUGCAGUAAUAUUCAACAAUAGAUUUGUCAAGGUAUUUUGGAAGAAGAUGGACGAAGAAGAAGAACGCAAGGAAUAUUUGGAACAACAACGAUUAGCAUCACAACCGGAUCCAGAGGCAGUCAAGGCAAAAGCUGCACAAUUAGCAAAAGAACGGGAGGAAAAGCAAAAGAAGCAACAAGAACAUCUAAAAAAAGUUCUGGAAUUUCAGAAACAAAAACAACAAUUGAUGGAACGUCAAAUUGAAGAACAUAAGAAGUUGAUGGAACGAUUGGAACAAGCACCUCCUGGUAGCAAAGAAAGGGAAGAUAUCAUGUCAGCGGCCACUCAUUUAUCUGAUUUGAUCAAAUCUAACCAACGAACAACAACAGCAACAUCAUCAUCAUCAUCAUCAGCACCACAAUCAACAUCUAUAUCACCACCAUCAACGGUUGAAGUAUCAGGAUCAGUCACAACUCCUCCUGUAGCAUCACCAAUUCAAUCAACAGAAAGUCCUACCAGUACGUUGGAUGCAAAAAGGGCGGAAAUGGAAAGACUAAAAGCGAAAUUAGCCAGUCUGGAAGCGGCGAAAUUAUCUGGACAAUUUGGAAGUAGUACCUAUGGUCGUGGACGUGGGGGUUCGCACACAUGGGCAACUCGUGGAGGUCGAUCAUUUUCACUUGACAACCGAAAAAAGGCAACAACAACAACGACAACAGUUGAAGACGACAGUAAUACAAACAAAGAAUCCCUGAAACCUGAAGUAGAGGCAGUUGUGGAACCAAAGGGAAACAUAGAUUAGGUUGUUUUACUUAGUUCGUGCUGUCUUUUUUUAUUAUUUUUAUUUUUAUUUUUAUUAUUUUAUUUUAUUUCUAAUUUGAAAUUACAAUAAAAACUGUCCUAACUAUUCUGUUGUUGUCUUA